GAUAGACCCCCAGAGAUGCAGAGUGUGCGCCUCUAGUAAGAGUAUGAACACCGUUGAUCGAUUCAAUCAGCCAUAUCUAAUAGGGAAAUAAAAGUACUGCGGUUGAAAAUUACAAACGAGCUGUAAGAAUUAAUUCCGCAAACCUCCACUACGAGUCUCCACUAGUUUUGUUCGAAAAGUUAGUGAGUUGAGCUAGUCUAUGACACAUGGCCCAUGAUUUUUCACUUUUCAGCUUCUUUCUUCUUUUUCUGAAUAAACAGAAAAAAAGGUGAACUAGCAAUACAACUCGAUAGUUGGUCAGAGAUAAUCUUACUUUCAGCUGAUAUAACUAAACAUUGCACUAUAUAUUAAGUGUUUAUUUUUCGCAGCGCACGUGCAACGGUGCACACGUGCAGUGUGGCAGUGUGUCAGUGUGUCGUUGACGUGAAUUUGUAUUUGAUAUAUGUAAUUCUGUGCGUCCAUAAUGAGCUAUAAAGACAAUUUUAACGUUUUCGUCGGUGGAAAGUCGGGUGUUUUUAAAGGAAUUAAAAUUGAGAAGAAGGCGAAUGUAAUAAAAAAUAUACAGGACUUGGUCUCGAUAAGAGAAAACGAUCAGAUCACCACCAUUUCGUGGAGUAACGAAGAUGAAAAAGAUGUUCUAAUCGCAUGUGGUGUGAAAGAGGAUAAGAGAAUAAAGGUUUAUGACUCUGAGAGCUCUGAAUUUACAUGCUCAUUUCCUUGUAACACGGGCAAAGGAAGCAUAAAUGGGCUAUCACGAUACAAUGAAUCGAUCCUAACAGCUGUUAAAUCUGGUGAGGUAAGCUCGUGGCCGUUUAAUGGGAAGGAAGAGAUAUUGGUAAAUGCUGGAGAGAAUCUAGAUAAAAUGUGUCACUCGCGUGUGCAGAAGAAUAUAAUAGCAACUGGGGGAUUGGAAAAUAGGCUGAAAUUGUUUGACCUGGAGAAACGAACGUUAAUAUUUAGCGAAAAAAAUCUUUCUCACGAUUGGUUGGAGUUAAGAAUACCUAUCUGGAUAUCAGACUUGAACUUCCUACCGGCAACUCAACAAAUAGUCACAGCCGGUAGAUAUGGACAUAUACGCUUGUAUGAUCCGCGUGCACAAAGACGUCCUGUGAUAAAUACAACGAUUCAAGACGAAGCUUUAACUUGCCUGUGCAUUACACCCGCAGAAAGGCAUAUCAUAGUAGGUUCAGGCAAAGGACGGAUGAAUCUCGUUGAUCUGAGAAAAUCGGGCACUAUACUAAACACAUAUAAGGGAUUUGCUGGUGGUGUAACCGGAGUGGCUUGUAGCAUGAGUAAUCCAUACGUUGCGAGCGUUAGUCUCGACAGGUAUCUACGAAUACAUCACGUCGACACGAAAGAAGUCUUGAAAAAGAUUUAUUUAACGUCCAAGUUGACGUGUUUGGUAGUGAGAUCAGAUUUCUCCAUAGAAAGUAUAAUUGAUGAUAAACAGAAAGUAGUAGAGCUGCAUUGCGAUAAUAUCGACAAGCGAUCUUGCGGAAAUGAGGUGGCCAGCGAAGAAGAAUACGACGAACUGUUCAACAAAAUGGAAGCGGUAGAUAGUGAGCGCGUAGAAUUCAAUAAAAGACGGAAACGCAUUAAACUGACGCAAGAGGAGCGGUCAUCGAUCGAGCGUGAUAGGUCCCAAGAUUCGACAAAAACAAGGAACAGGAAGAACAGAAAAGAGAUUAAGCAAGACUGAAGAGAAGCUAAACAUUUCCUUCGACAAUUUCUACGUGCUCUCAACAAGUAACAAGUCGUGUCGAAGCCAAGUACGCGGUAUAUGCUGCACAGGCUACAGCGUAAUCCUUAAUAACUUUAUCAAGUAGAAGGAGUGAGAACGUGGCAACAAUUCGCAAGGUUGCGGCGUAUUUUGUACUAAAGAAGAAACGAUGCUCGCGACUACAGCACAUUAAAUGGUAUUCUUCAGCUGUACAAAAAAAUUUCUGCACACAUCUUCUCUACUACAUCUCCCGUUAAUCGAUUAACGCUAAUGUUUUAGCUUUGUCAUAUCCCGACUGCGUCUAGAUCUCAAACAGAAUAUUUAUGCGCGCAUUCCAACGUGUUGAGAAAUACACUUGCUACAUUUACAGGCACUAUCCCCUUCAAAAUCGAGUUUAACUACCAUCACCUGCAUUCCUACGUGAGAAAGUAACAAGAGUGAAAGUUUCGCUUGUUUUCAGGACAUAUUCCAUUUUCUUCAACAAAGAGAUUAUUUACGUGAUUUCCAAACAAAAUUACUCUGGGUGGUUAGGUGGCUAACUCAACUAUAUAGAAUCAACAAUUGUUUUGAAAGAAUGUUUCGCUCAAUGACACUCAUCGGCAGCAUCUCCACAAAAAUGCACGUGAUCCAUCUUGGAGCUUUCUAUGCUCAAAAAAAAUCGUAAUGUAAAACUUAUAAUCAAUAAAAUCCUCUUCCUCGC